GCCUCUCUAGACGAGACAGCCCCCUUGCUCCGUUACACCUCCGGCCAUAUUCUCCUAAGAAUGAUUAUUCGGAACUUUAUCUCUGUUUUUCUCCCCGCGAGGCAUUUUUACGGGGCCUCAACUUUUCUGGCGUGUCAUCAUUUCUGGAGUUAACGCGGCGGAGCCAUCCGAGGCGACCGGAGCCCGCUCCUCGCUAGAUUCUUAAAAAAAACUCUUGAGUUACAGCCCAGGAAAUGCAGCAUUUUCUCAAACCCGGAGGUAGCAUGCCGAAGUGAAUGAGCGGGGGAAGAGCAUGUAGAAAUCCGCACUAAUAAAAAUAAAUGAAGACGCGAUGGAAAUGAAGGUGUUCAGCCCAGGGAUAUUUAUGUUAGCGCGGAUCCUGGUCUGACUCUGCUCCGCCUCAUCAAAAUGAUGUUUUCUCCCCUCUCCCUCUCUCAGGAUGAGUUCCAUCCAUUCAUUGAGGCUCUGCUGCCCCAGGUCCGUGCCUUCGCCUACACAUGGUUCAACCUCCAGGCCAGGAAAAGGAAGUACUUCAAAAAGCAUGAGAAAAGGAUGACAAAAGAAGAAGAGAGAGCUGUAAAAGAUGAACUGCUCGGGGAGAAAGCAGAGGUGAAACAGAAGUGGGCCAGUCGUCUUUUGGCCAAGCUAAGAAAGGAUAUCAGGCCUGAGUGCAGAGAAGACUUUGUCCUGUCAGUCACUGGGAAGAAAGCUGCGUGUUGUGUCCUGUCAAACCCUGACCAGAAAGGCAAAAUGAGACGCAUAGAUUGUCUUCGACAAGCUGACAAGGUGUGGAGGUUGGACCUGGUAAUGGUGAUCCUAUUUAAAGGAAUCCCAUUGGAAAGCACAGAUGGAGAGCGGCUUGUGAAGGGCGGCCAAUGCUCCAAUCCAAUCCUCUGUGUCCAGCCUCGACACAUCUCUGUCUCUGUCAAAGAGCUCGACCUUUACCUCGCUUAUUAUGUCCAAGAGAGAGAGGCAGAGCAGAGCAGCAGUCCCAGUCGCACAGGAGUGGGCUCUGAUCAGGAGGACAGCCGAACCACCACCAUGGAUGGUCCAGAGUUCCAGGAGAGUUUUGUGACAUCAGGAGUUUUCAGUGUCACUGAGCUGGUCCAGGUGUCAAGAACUCCAGUUGUCACAGGAGUCGGACCUAGUUUCUCUGUGGGGGAGCUCCAGGGUCAUCUGGCCUAUGACCUCAACCAGUCUGUCAACCAGCCUGUUAGUGUUAGACGAUCACUGGCCAGCACCUCAUCCUGCGGGAGUAAGCGUCAUAAGUCUGGCUCUAUGGAGGAGGAGGCUGACAGUCCAGGAGGGGAGUAUUACCACUCACCUUCCUCUCCUGCCAGCAGCUCCAGGAACUGGACUGAUGACAUGGAAGGAGGUCUAUCUCCUCCAGUAAAGAAGGCAGAGCUGGACAGUCCCUCCCCCCAGGAAGACUCACCAAGACUGGGUUCCUUCACUCAGCACCAUCGGCCAGUCAUAGCGGUUCACAGCGGUCUGUCUCGGAGUAUCCAACCCUCCUCAUCUCUUCAUUUCCCAUCCUCCUCCUACUUUCCCCACGGAGCAAUCCGCUAUCCUCCUCACCUGGCACAGGACCCCCUAAAAGACCUACUCACACUGGCCUGCGACCCUGCCAAUCAAGCCCCAAGCUCACUGAACGGCAGCAGCCAGAUUAAAGUCCCCGGUCACUACAUAUCCUCUCAGAUGUUAGCACCUCCUGGACCAGCACCCUCCCUGGCUCCUAACCAAUCCUCCCUCCCCAGACUGACCCUGCCUACAGAGUCAAAGGCCACUACCACCUCCUCUGAUGGGGGAGCCAACUCCCCGACAUCACCUACAUACUCGGCCCCCGGGACCCCCCCUGCCAGCCGCUCCUCCUUUGUUGGAGUCACCCCUCGAGACCCAGCUGGACUCUACCAGGCCCAGUCAUGGUAUCUGGGCAACUGAGGGACCUCUGGAGGACGGCUGAUUGUCGUGGUGGUACUGUCCUGGAGGAAAACAAACAAUGUUGUCAAGACAUUGCCAAAGGAAAGAUAUAUUCAGCUUUGUAGAAAGAUAUAACAUGUGGUUGUACAUAUAUGUGAAUAUACAGUGAAAUAUAUUUACAUAUGUGUUCAUACCCAGAAAAGACGGCCUGGAUGAAGGGAGUAUGCUGCUCUCACUCAGCCGUUUUGCAGCCCCAGAAUGUACUAUGCUCUAAGACACUAAAAGGUUCACACAAAUGCAACUGCGAUGAGUUGUGAUUUUCUAGAGAAAGCAGUGGAUUGAUGAAGAUGUCUGGUUGGUCCAUAUGAACUGUCGACCAGAACCAGGUCUCAACACACCAGAUCCUGAAAAGCCUAUAACCUAACCGUGUCCCCAGGAUGAGGCCCGUUUCCUUGGGAUGGAUGUCAGCCUUUAACCCUUAACCCUGGUUCUCUACACCGAUUCCAGUGUACGGCCUCUACCCUGGGACAGACAUAGACCUCAUCCCCCCCCAACACCCAGAAUGCCCCCUCCGCUGCAGGUGCUGCUUAUAGUAUAUGCAAAUAAGCCUCCCUUAUUUUUUGAAUCAAAUAGCAAGAGAGAUCCUGCUGUCAAUAUGUAAAGUUUCUUUGCACUUUUUGAUAUGUUAUUGAUGCGCCUGAAGAAAAUUUUGAGUUGAAACAGCGCAUUUUUUUUCUCUCUUCCCACCAAAAGACAGAGGCUUUGUCUUUUUUAUUGACAAUCAUCAGGCUGAAACCAUAAAGUUGCUUUGCGAGGCUUUUGAGAGGCUCAUGUUUUUAUGACUGAUUGUGCUUUUCUAUCAGAAAACAAUGAGUAAUAGUGGAAUAUAAGAGCUAUAUCCAUGCCUCCUCGAACACAUCACACAAUGCUAUAGCUGGACACCAAUAUAGAGUCAUCAGUAAUACUGGGCCUUUUAAGGACAGAGGCCCAGUGUCUUGAGCAGAGGGUGUCUUUUGACAUGAAUUUCCUGCUGCUUCCUACCCUUCAAAUGCUGAUCAUUUUGACAUGACAGUACUUAUCCAAGCAGCCAAAGGCACAAUGAUUGGAGGACACAUGCACCUGCCAGAAGAAAACGUCUCAGCAGAACUGAGAAAAAACAAAGACAAGACUAAAACCAGGAUCAUGUGGCUGCACAGCCAGCUGUAACCUGGCUUCAGAACUCGAAGUGUUUGAAACUGUAGCACAUGGCUUGUGUUUGUGGGUGUGUGUGUGCGUGUGUAUGUGUGUCUGUGUCUGUGUCUUUGUGUGUGUCAGUGUGUGUGUCAGUAUUUGAAUAUAGAUCCUGCAGUUCCACACUCAUACCUGCUCUGUUUUCAGGGGUUGUUGUAAAGAUUUUGUUUGUGUCUCACAGAACACCCUGACAGGUUUUGAAGAUGUGUGUUGGUAAAGUAGAAGGAGAUUUACAAUUACGUAACAAAUUCCCAUUUUGAGAAAAAGUGUGAUGUAGCCUGUUGUCAAGCUAAGUGUAGACAUGACGAGUCAUGUGUAUACUGGUUUGAACUGAGCACAAACUCUGGGGGUCACUUUGUCCAGCUCUAGAAUGACUGGUGACCAAACCUGUGUCGCUCAGACCUGACCCGUCCUGAACAAUGUGUGGUGGCACAGUAGCCAUAGGGUUCCGGCUGGGCUGCAGUUCAGGCAUGAACAAAAAGACAUGUUAGCCACAGUCUAGGUUUGGUUUCAGGUCAAACCUUGAUGGUUAACCAAUUGCAACAAGGAACUUAAGAGUGUGUAGGUCUUGAUUUUCUCAGCGCAUAAUGCUUUAAAGAGGCAAAGCAAUAUUAUUUUAUAGUUUUUCUCAUCUUCAUUUAGUCGUUAACUCUUUCAGGCUGAAAAUGUAGCACUUACUAGAACACAAACAUUAUUCUCUGUCUGCAUUGAUGGUGGCAUCUCAAAAACACUUCUUCAUAGAAGUAGUAAAGAGCAAGAUGUCAGUUUAAGAUAAGGGAAGGAAGUAAUAUCCAAAAAUAGAUUUUGGGGAUAUUAAAUUGAUGUCACUAUUGAUACUUGUGUGUAACAUUUAAUGCAGACUCCAAACAUGAACACAACACCAUGGCAUUUGCUAUUUCGGACAUCAUCUCUUUGUAUACGAAAACACUGAAUAUAAUUGGAUUUUUUUAUAAUUGAUGCCAUAUUUUAUUUCUAAGGCUUUGCAACUAUAAAGCAGUUUAUUUAACUUUGUUAACUGCGGAUGUAUUUAGUUUAAGGACUUGUGUUUCUGUGUUGAGCUGUGAUUCGAUUGAAUGCCAAGCACAUUUUUUUAACACAUUAUUUACACUAGUAUGACUGCUGGUGCGUUUCUGCAGGCUGCGUUCCCCAGUUCAAACAGAAGGAGAAAAUUCAAAAACAUAACUCUUCCACUUGUGAUCAGCAGUGGUUUGCCUGUUAAAAGGCAUUGCUGUGAUCUCAAAGGUGUCUUCCUGGAAGGAUAAAAUAUUCCCCAACCAAAGCUUAAACAUGACAUUUCUGACCACUGCGUUGGACCUGAAGGGCAUCCAGUGUAGAGGAGGAAGAGAGCAGUGAGUUGUGAGGUCAGCAGAGUCAUUAGAUUUGCUCUCAUCAUUCUGGGCAGAAAGCAGAUACCUGUGUGAUCACAAAAACACUUUUUAAGAUGCAGCCAGCUAAACACAGUAAACUUUUCCCGUGAGUAACAUUCAGAGUCUAUGAUCUGUGCUAACUAAACAUCUAGUGUGCAUACUGUUGAGACCAUCACAGCCAUAUACGAGUGCCAGUGUGUGUGAUGGCUCAGACUCGGAACUAAUCAGGAAUUCUCUUUUUUUCUUGAGGAGAAACAGUUCUAACUCACACAGAGGUGUCUAUAUAUUUUUCAUAUUUCUUUAUGUGCUAAAAUUUGCUUGGCAUUCAAUCUGAACAUAUGUCUGCGUCUUUUACUUUUACCAGGGUUUGGGGUUAAAGUUGACAAUGGUCAGUGCCUACUAGGGGUUAGGAGUUUGUAAGGAAGGUGCUGAUAGGAGCUGUGGCAGGGCAAGGUUUAAGGUAUGGUUAUAGCUGGCUUAGAUGUAUACUGCAUGGUGCUGCCCUGGUCGCUGUGCUGACCUGAAUAAUGCAUGGCUCAAAGUAAUGAUACCUCUCCCUCUCAAUCCUGCUCUGUCUCCUCGUCCCCUUCCUGGAAGGGUUAUCUAUUUCUUUGAAUUUUAAUAAUUACCCUGUUGUAAACUUCUAUUUUGCACGAUAUAUCAUGAAAACCCAUUAUGUGCCUUGCCUUUAGUUUAGUUAGUUAAAGAACAAUAAUACAUUAUUGAAAAAUUAUCAUACUUUUCAUGGUACAGCUGGUAGCACAUCACAUUAAAAAAAAGCUGCAUGUGUGAUUGCUUGACAUUAAUCAAUGUAGCAGGUAGACAGUUGUAGGUUUCACAAUGGCAACAGACUUGAGAAACAGACUUGAGUUUCAGCUCAGUGAAAGCAGAGGCUUGGAUAACACGUAUCCUCUCCUAUCAUUCAAGACAGUAACUUUUUAAGGUGUGGCAUUUUGGGAAAUACAUGUAUGAUAAAGUACUUAGAGUGCCAAUGUCUCUUUCUGCUGGAGACACAGUGUGGAUAUAUUUAGCAGAGCUUUGUGAUAAGUUGAGCUAACCGGCCCAACCCUUACCUAGUUACUCAAGGUCCAUUUACCAAAAAUAUUUAUAGCUUUAAACAACCUUCAUGUGGGGAGAUCUAGAGCCCUAUUCUACUUCCAGGAUGCCACUGCAUCAGGAGUUCUGUCCACACUCCAGAUCCAAACACCUGUUAUCAUUUGAAUAUGUACUCAACUAAACCAUCUCAACGACAAUUGAGCAAACGAGGAAAACUGUCUAAACUGUCUCCGAAGUAAAGAAUGAACCGGCCACUUUGGGGUAAAGCUCAAUAAUAAUUUAAAUCCCAAAAUGUUACACUGUUCCUUUGAGGGUUCACUUUUUCAGUCACAACUUUUGCCAUAACCAGGUGCUGAUUUCACUCAUAGAGCUAAUCUGGUUCUGUGGCUCUGCUCCUAUAAACUUGUGCUGUGUUUUUGAUAGGUCUUUGUGGACUGAGCUAAAUUGACACUGACUUUACCCACAUUAGUGUUAAGAAUGAACUUUAUGUGUGUUGUCGCAAAGUGUUGGCUGUAGUAAGGCCUCCUUGGAUCUGAAAAUGGCACUUUACAGAAACAACAAACAUUGGUUUUGAAAGUAAAGUCUGGUUGUAGGACCUGCCUAAAUGUUCACAAUACAAGCAAAAGCCAUUUUCAGAGACUUUGCUCAGUUCUGUCUACGUUUUGUUUUAACAAUAAGUCUCAAAUCGUAGAAACACAUUUCAUAGUAUUUAUUGCAGGGGAAAGUAUAUUGUGAAUAUUUUGUCAGGAAUUUAGCCAAUGUGGCCAAGCCACUAAAUCUAGUCUAAUGGAAACAUGUGAAACAUGUUAAGGUUCAGACUUCAAGGCUCUGCGGCUCUAUGAUUGACCAUUAGAACACCGUCCAUUUGCCUGUAUGAUGACUCCUACCAUGUGACUAAUCGCGUGACAAGAUACUACAAGAGGAAAUUAAUGAUUUUGAGUUUUAUAUGGAUGCAUGCACUUAACACUAUUCUUACUCUACAUGGCUUUCAUGUUAUUUUUAAGUAUUUCUUGAGUUGUUAUCUUCAUGUUGCUUGUAGCUUUAUAGUUUAAACACAGCAGUGUGUAUAAAACAUAUGUACAACAUAGACACAUAAAAAGGAUGUAUAGAAUGUUUGUUUGUCAUGUUUUUGCUUUUUGUUUCAGCUGUCUUAAGAGAAUGGCCAAUCCAGUUAAUAUGGGACCCAUGAAAUGGGUGGGACUGAUAGUAACAUUGAUGGAGGAUGAAUGAUGAUAGGUGAAAAUUGGAAGUGAGGGUGAAGUAGAAUGAAGUAGAGUACACUGAAAGAGUGUGUAACUCUGCCAAGGCUGCACAGUCCUCUAACUUUGUUGCUUUCAUAACAGACAGUGUUUAGAGACACAUCUGUGACUGGAUCUGAGCCCAGUCUAUACUCAUCUCAUAAGGAUUGGCAACAUUUGUGGAUGUAAAUCCUGACCUGCAAUGUUCGAGCUUCAUUUGUAAAUGAUAGAAUUGUGCACACUAAGUUAUGACCAAUUGAGUCGUUCAUGUGUAGAGUUGAACAAAGUUUAGCUUGAUUGUUGGAAACAGUACAGCAUCAUCACUCAUCAUCGCUCAUAUCUUUGAUAUUUGGUGAGAUUGGAGUGAAAUGUGGAAUUGAUAAGAAGGGUUCAACAAAUAUUUUAAAUAUGGCUGGUUCAGAAGUGAAGAUGCGAGGCUUUCACUAUUCCAAGAUAUAGACACAAUCCAAAAUUUGAAAAAAAUUGGACCUGAACAACCCAAACAGAAGAGAAGAGUAGUCUAGGGUCAGGUGAUGGAUAUUCUGUCAGCAAUAAUGACUCAAAUUGAAAGGUUCUUUAAAAAUGCCCACAUGAUGGAAAUAUUUCUAUCGGUUUGUAUCGGAAAUGAACUAAAUUUAGUGUAUUUUCAGCUGAGUUGUGCAGGGUUGAAAACAGAAGUUGCUAAGCAGAGCUUAAUGGAGAGCUAUAGAAGCUGGGUCUGGUUCACUGAGCUGCGAUGCUGCUGUGAUCAGGCGCUGGUUGCCUAUUGACAAAUGCACUACAGGAAAUGAAAGGGAGAAUUUCUGGGCUCACAUACAGAAAAAAAGAUGUUGCUUUGUAAAAAAAAAAAAAGUUAAGUCUCUAGUUUGUGUUUGGUAGUUCCAGGUAAGAUUUUAGGGGGUUGACACAAUAACACCAAAACUGGUUAAAUAUUUGACUCAACAAUUCAAUACAAAAUCAGAUCUAUUUCUGAAAAAGUCCAUACCUUUUCAGCAAAUCACCCCCUUAAGCUGCGUCAUCAACCACUGGAUCUUUCCGCAGGAACUAGGAACCUGUGUGUUGAUUAUUUUGUAUUAAGUAUUUACCCUUCCUAUAGCCCUGUUCGGUGUAAAUUGCAGCACUGAACAUUUCUGAUAGUUGAUGUAGUGUGGCACAAAUCCUGCAUGUUUGUCAUUUUAUAUGGAUUCAUUGUUGUUGUAUGGUCUUCUGCAAUACCACCACCUACUGGACUAUUUUUGUAGCCAUCGAUUCUUCAUAAGUCAGCAGGCUAAUACGCCCAAUCAUUUGAGGCAUAAAGGUGUAAACACUGGCAACAAGCAGUCCAAAGGAACCUUUUAUUUCCUUGGUGAUGUGGUGGAUUACAGAGUUGAUUAGUGGCUUUGUGCUUGUGUCUCCUCAAGAUUAUUACCAAGAUUACUAUGCAUAUUGUAGUAUGGGAUUCUUAUAACUGUUUGCUAUUUUCUACCAGAGGCUAAACCAGUAGCCAAAAAUAAAGAAGACUGAUUUAGAAACCUGAAAAAAGGAUGUAUGCAGUAAUUAACAAUUGGAGGCAGUGAGUUCAGUCAUAUUUCUGAUGGAUGGCUCCUGAUUGUCUGUGUUGAAGCAGCCCCCUUAAUGUUCUGUUUCUGUCCAUGUUUUCUCGAUAGAUGACUAGUAAUAACGUUGUACAUAGAAAUCCAAACAGCCUCCUGAUAUAACAAAAGCCAGCCAAGUGGAAGACUGAUCCACUGGUCUCAUUGUGUAUGGGGAGUCCAGACUCAGCUGAAAGUGUUUUAAGAAAGGGCUGUGUGUUACUCUGCACCAAAUGGAUUAAAAAAAGACUUUAAACCAUUAUAAGUACAAUAACACCACUAAGCACGCACGUGUGUGUCCAGGCCUUUGUAGUAAGUGGUAAACAGCACGUGGCUCUCAGUAACCAUAGCACUUUCUCUGCUCUGUUCGAGUAAGAAAGCAGAUCAACAUAAUACAAACAGAAAAACAACCAAAAUGAUCGAAACAAGCAGUGCCUGUCAUUUUAGUGCUGGUUUCAUUUGACUCAUUUUAUAUGCUGGGCUUUGCAGCACUUUUUCUAUUCAAAUGGUUGUGUGACAUACUUCAGCUUAGUGGUUGGUGCUUAGUAUUAAGAAGAUCCCCAGUCCAGGCUAGCAUAUGGUCGAUGAGCUGGGCUGGACCUGAGGUGACAAGAAACUGAGGAGUUGAAGAAAAACCUGAAUCUUCAUUGUUGUAGAUUGAAAAUUCCAAAUGCAGCAAAAAAACAGUUUUCUCAUCAUUACAAAAUCAUGAUAUUUACUGUGACAAGACCUGUUGCUCAUGAAGGCUAAUUCAGAUGUUAGAUUGGAAAUGGCAUAUAACUAUUCAUUGAAAUACUACUAUAACCACAGUAAUGGUAGUAAUGUAUUAUGAUUCAAUGUUACUGACAUGUUACUUGGAAUAUAUCAUUACUCCAUCAACAUUAUUAUCAUUCAACAUUACUUGUAGGUUUUUCAUGAACAACUUUCAUUGAACAAGUAGGCAGGGACUGGAUCUUAAUUCCAGAUCUUAACUCAUUUCAGCAACAAAUCGUCAUGUACUGGUUCAUUAACAUCUGACACUAUUUUAUAAUCAACUUCACAAUUUUUUAUUUAUUUGGGAGCAUGUAGUGGUCUUUUUAUUAAUUUUAACUUUCCAAAUGCCAUACAAGUUGGGAACUACUAGUAGAUGUUCUGUAUACCUUAGAGUUAAGUGUUACUACCACAUUUAUUUUGCCUAAAUCCGGAUUCAAUGGGCCCUGAGCAUUUAUCAGGAGUCUCCAGCAUGAAAAAAGAAACCACUGGAUCCUCUUAAUGGCUGUGAGGGGGAAGUAAUGCUUGAAGAUGCAAAGUGUGUAUGAUAGAAGUUUUGUCGUGGUGGCAGGUUGAAAAAUCGAAAUUCAUUGUAAGUCAGUCAAGAUGAAAGUAUGAUGUCACAGAUCUUUUCAUUUUGUUGACUACAUGCUGACUACGACGUUGUAAUUAUUAUUAUGGCAGAUUUUGGUCUCACAGUAAGUUCCCUCAAGAUCUUUCUUGCUUUGUGGUACAAACCAAGUGCUGUUCUGACAACUGGUAGCAGAGGAUUAUCAAAGUUAAUGGGAAUGUCCACAUAUGGUUGGAUCAGGUCUAGCUGAAGACGGUGUGAGGUCUGCUGGAUAACUUCAGAUUUUCGUUUUGGGGAGAUUUUAGGGAGACGUUUUCAUAGAGGGCUGUUUUUUAUGAACUAUUAAUAUGACUACACUCUUUGCUAUUGCAGCUGUUGCCUGAAAAUCUUCUUUCUCCAGUUUAUGUUUCUUUUUUGCUGUUUCUUACAUGAAUUGCAACAGAUACAUUUUUAAUUGCUAUUGAAACCCUUUCUGUAAUUCAGACUCACAGCAGCUGAAAAAUGUUUCUUAGUUAUUGUCAAAUCUGAUUUUGUACAGAUACAAGUUUUCCUGUGUCAAUGAUACUGUAUGGAUUCUCGUCUGUAUCUGUGGGUAUGCUGCUUCUGCACCCUGUUUACCAUGCGUGCUGAAGACAGUUUGUAUGAGCGAAAGAGGAACAUUUUGAUGCGGUCUCAUAUUAGAAUUUUUUCUUUUCAGAUAUUAUAGUCAAGGUCUGCUUUGCUUGCUUCCAGAUAUAUAUCCCUUACAUCAGAGAGAGCAUAGGCAUGAACAGCUUUCAUCAGUUAUUGCAUGACUGCAAUCCACACCGACCACAGACCUUUUCACAUGAUAGUGUACAUCAGGCCAUUGUAUAAUCAGUUUAGAAUCUUCACACAUAAUGAUAUCAUUCAACACCUGAACACAGCAGUACAUGCUGGAGCUGAAGCAGAAUGGUGUCCGCCCUCUCAUGACUCUAUCAUGUUUCGUAUAGAGACACCUCAGAGUGCAUUAUCAUAUGUGGAUGAAUGGACGAAUGGAUGGAUGGAUGGAUGGAGUCAUGCAACAAUGCACAUGUGUCCAACAUAAUAAUAUAAUGGUAAUCAAUGAGAUGGAGACCCAUUGUGAUUCUGAUCUUCCAAAACUGGGAGAGUGGUGGCAUUAUACGUGGCCUGAGGUACUCACUGUGGAAAGGGCUGCUGAUCUGGACUGAUGUAGUUUGUAGCAGCUUAAACAAGAGCUAUAGGUACUUCUUUUCCUUCGGAUGUUUUUCAGCUGAAGCAGAUAUCAAUAGUCCACAUUUAUUUGCAUGAUGUAAACUGUUCCUAAAAUAAUCAUUCAGACAGCUACAGGAAAUGAUGUCAACACUGUGGCACAUUUAUAACUGAAGUCACAGUUUGACAGUUGAGUGACAGCUGCCUGAACCAGUGUUCCUGAUCUAAUGUUGUUCAUCUGCUGUGGGGGAUAUUAACAUCUUUGAUAAUAUGUCAUUACAACCAUAUUUAGCCCAUGCUGUCAGCAGACGCUGAUGAAGUCAUUACUGGAAAUGAGUAUGUUUCCCUAUGCAAAAAUAUACCAUUAAUAAAACAAACUAUACCACAACCGAA